ACCCCACACCCACAUACACACACUCCACACCCACAUACACACACUCCACACCCACAUACACACACUCCACACCCACACCCUUUUUCUUUCUUGUUCUGUCAACUAUUAGUGGAAUAUUAGAACGAGACAAGUAUUCUCAGCAGGAUUCUAUAUGCUUUUAUUCAUUCACAAGUUCGUCUAUCCAUUAUAGGAUCUUCUCUUGGCCGUCUUGUUUCAGAAGUGUUGUAAAGAUGCCAGCCAACACAUUUGAUCAUGAGAAUAUAAACACAAUCGGGAUUGCAGCUCAUGACUCUGUAUUGGUAGAAACAUCGGAACUUGAUGCGGCACUGACAUCGGAGAAGCAUCCCUUGCAACGAAGUCCAUCGAACAAUAGUAGUAACACGGUGAUUAUUUUUCUCGGUGAAUCAAAGUCGGCCGUUGAAAAUCUUGAUGAAAAUAACCAAUUAUCCGCCGAAAAGCAACAGCAAUCUGACAGGUAA